GAUAUUUUGGACGGAUUUAGGGAUAUUUUGGGCGGAUUUGGGGAUGUUCUGGCGCUGUGGGCGGGGCUUGACCUGAGGCCACGCCCCCGCCCCGCUCAAAACAACCCUGUGGCUCCCAUGGUCACGCUCACCACAUAAACCCCGCCCCGUUCCCAUCUCAGCCAAUCCCCGCCCGCUCCUACUACAUAGACCCCGCCUCCCCCUCAGGCCACGCCCCUCGCGGCCGUUACCCCUUGGCUGGCGAACCCCCGCCCUCCCUGACCCCGCGCCGUGCUCCCAUUGGCUCUCCGUGCGGCAGCACCGCGCUCCUAUUGGCCGAGCCCCGCGGGGGCGGGACCACUCCUCACAACUCGCCCCGCCAUUGGCCGCGGCGCGGGGCCCGAUGGGCGCGCGGCGGUUUGAAGGCGCGCGGGACAAGAUGGCGGCGGCGCCUCAGGCCGGUCCCGCUGCGCUCCCGGGGCCGCGCUCGGGGCUCUCGCGGCUGCCGGUGGCCCGGGCCCAGCAGAAGCGGGCCCCGUCCGAGGGCCCGCCCGCGGGGCCUCCCCAGCAGAAACGAUCGCGGACCGCGCUCGGGCCCGGGGCCGCCAAGGCCGCGCCCAAGGCCCCGCUCAGGGCCCCGCUCCGCACCCUGGGCCCCGCGGCGGCGGCGGGGAAGAACGAUGGCCCCCGGAAGGUGUCAUCAGUGCCAGCUGCUUCUCGGGCAGGCUCUGCCACCAGCACGGCGGGUGCCAAGGGCGCCUCCAAGCGGCCGCCGUGGGACCUGCGGGGCCAGCUCGGGGACCUGCGGGAGGCGCUGGAGCGGGCCCAGGAGCGCCUGAAGGGCCUGGACAGCGAGAAACGGGAGCUGGAGAGCGGCAACCGCGAGCUGAGGGAGAGCCUGCAGCAGCUGCAGAGAGAGCUGGACGAGAGGGAGAGCCGGGAGAGCAGCCUCUGCUCCAGGGUCGGCUCUCUGGAGCUGGAGGUGACGCAGUUCCGUGAGAAGCUGGAGCAGAGCCGGGGCCGGGUGGAGGCUCUGGAGGCCGAGGAGCGGCGGCUGCAGGCGGAGGAGGAGCAGCGGCGGCAGGAGAGGGACGAGGCCCGGGGCCGGGCACAGGCGCUGUCAGAGCAGCUGGAGAACACUGAGGCGCGGCUGCAGCAGGCGCAGCAGCAGCUGCAGGAGCAGCUGGAGCAGGUGCUGGCGCUGCGUGAGCUGGAGGCGUCGCAGCGGACGCUGCUGGCCGAGCACGAGGAGCGCAUCCACCUGCUGGAGAUGGAGCGGCGCCGCCUGCACAACGACAUCCAGGAGCUCAGGGGGAACAUCCGCGUGUUCUGCCGCGUGCGGCCGCUGCUGCCCGAGGAGCGGGAGCGCCAGCGGGGGCUGCCCCACCUGCACUUCCCCCCCCAGGACGCCCGCAGCCUCGUGCUCACCCGGCCCGACGACUCGCAGCUGGGCCGGGAGCGGCGCCCGGAGCUGCGCUACGACUUCAGCUUCGACCGCGUCUUCCCGCCCGCUGCCUCCCAGCAGGAGAUCUUCCAGGAGAUCCAGCUGCUGGUCCAGUCGGCGCUGGACGGCUACCCCGUGUGCAUCUUCGCCUACGGGCAGACGGGCAGCGGCAAGACGUUCACCAUGGAGGGGCCGGCGCCGCCGGGCACGCCCGAGGCGCGCGGGAUGAUCCCGCGGGCCGUGCGCCACCUCUUCCUGGGCGCCCGUGACCUGGCGGGCAAGGGCUGGCAGUACGGCUUCUCCGCCAGCUUCCUGGAGAUCUACAACGAGGGCCUGCGCGACCUGCUGCUGGCCAAGGGCCAGCGCGGCUCCGAGCUGGAGAUCCGGCGCCUGGCGCCCGACAGUGACGAGCUGCACGUGCCCAACCUCACCUGGGUGCCCGUGGAGAGCGAGGAGCAGGUGCUGGAGCUGCUGCUGCGGGCGGCCUCGCAGCGCUCGGUGGCGCGCACGGGGCUCAACGAGCGCUCAUCGCGCUCACACUCGGUGUUCCAGCUGCGCAUCCAGGGGCUGCACGCGGCGCGGGACCUGCGCUGCACCUCCUCCCUGACGCUGGUGGACCUGGCGGGCUCGGAGCGCCUGGAGAAGUCGGGCUCGGUGGGCAGCCGGCUCCGGGAGACGCAGAGCAUCAACUCCAGCCUGAGCGCCCUGGGGCUGGUCAUCAGCGCCCUCUGCAACAAGGAGCCGCACAUUCCAUACAGGAACAGCAAACUGACCUUCCUGCUGCAGAACUGCCUGGGGGGGCACGCCAAAGUGCUGAUGUUCGUGACCAUCUCCCCCCUGGAGGAGAAUUUCGGGGAGUCGCUGAACUCGCUGCGCUUCGCCAGCAAGGUGAACGAGUGCAUGAUCGGCACCGCCCAGGCCAAUCGGAAGUGACGCCUUCCCCCCUAGUUCCCGCCUUUUUAACGCAACAACCAAUAAAGAGUCGCUUUUCCACGGA